AUGCCUGAGGAGGUGAAGAGGAUCGUUAGCGAGUUUUAUCUCCUGGAGUUUGCUGAUUGCUCCUUGAUCAUGUUAGACGCCUCCCUUUUAUUAGCUUUUGUUGACAGGUGGCACUCGGAGACGACAUCAUUCUUCUAUCUUCCAUUUGGGGAGAUGAGAAUGACUUUAAAUGAUGUGGACGACCUCUUUUACAUUUCAAUUGCUGGUACAUUUUUUACACCAGUUUAUAGGAACCAUGCGACGGCGGUGUGCAUGGUUAUGGAGGAUUUUGAGGUUUCUGAGUUGGAGGUGCUAUAUGAGUUUGGAGAGACUCAAGGAUUUCACCUUUCUUAA